UUGACAACGUAAAAACCAAACAUGCGUUAAUUUUUAAGAUUAAAAUUAGUGAAACAGUCGUACUUCGUACUGAGGUUCCUAUGAGGUUGUACAGAAGGUUUGCGGAGACAAAACGGUACAAAGUUCUUCUCCAAAAACCUCUACGAUACUUAUAGUCUUUACCAUUAUGAUCAAAUUUAUAUAAAUAGUGUUGUGAAUUGUUUUGGAAAAUGUCCCAAACUUUUAGCAAAAUAAUCCCAAUUACUAGCCCCAUUGCUGCUACUUGUAUGGAAUAUGUCCAUCCCUGGACAGAUAGCUGUGCUCAAGCUACUUGUGGACUUUACCUUUACUGCAUUUACGAUUCUUUGAGGAUCUAUGGCACUGUUUACAUGUUGACGCUGUUAAUGAAAGGACGAAUACCAACGAAGGACGAUCUAAAGAAGACUUUUUUCGGCAUCAUACAGUCCACAGCCUUCCUCAGUGGCACAGGAUUUGGAUAUUCUCUAUUCUUGUGUUUGUUAAGAAAGACAUUCGGCAACUACAAUAUCCUCACCGUCUCCGCAAUACCAGUGUUUCUCUCCAGUGUCUUCUCCAUUCUCAUAGAACGACCGAGCCGGCGGAUUUUGUUAGCCUUGUACGUCAGCAAUGUAGCUACCGAAACAUUAUGGAACAUGGCGAAGUCCCGGAACAUGAUCAGCAGCAUCCGGUACGGAGACGUCGCCAUAUACAGCAUCAGCAUGGCCAUUCUAUCCAUGUACUUUAAGGGAGGUUACCACAAAAGCUCGGAUUGCCCCGAUAGCCACGAUGACGCUAUGUUUAGAGUAAUGAGAUUUGUGAUUGGUCCUUACGAGGAAAAAGGCUACAUGCGCAGUCCUAGUCAGUCCAAUACCUUCUACAGGGAGGUACACAAAGAUGACGAACCGAGUACAUCCUCGGGAGCGGGAUCUUCUCGAAGCUGGCAGACGACCAGGCGGAAAAACGGAGUAUAUCGGAUCGUGUGUCAGAUGUUGAGGGUGUACAGUAGGAUAAUUAAUAAACUAAAGAGUUGUAGUAGACAUCCUUCCUGUCAACAUCCGUUUAGUUGUUUAUAUUACACCAUUGAGGGAGCUGGAAGGAUGUUUUCGUUAGGUUUAGGUCUACAAGUCACCUUGAAACUGGUGUUAAACUUGAAACGGGUAUUACAAUCUCCACAAAAUAUCAAAAGUAUAUUAUUUAGGAAAGAAACUUUUAAUUUAGCAAUGUUCCUAGGGUUGUAUAACGGUGUCUUUAGGGCGUGCCUCUGCAUUUUACGUAGAGUAAGAGGUGGAGACAGUCCUGUUCAUGCUCUUCCUGCUGGUAUUUUGGCUGGAAUGGCGUUCAGUCGGUAUCCAGACUCGACAGUUUCCUUAUAUGUUUUAUGGAAAGUGGCGCAGAUUACAUAUAAUUUGGGAAUUGACAAAGGCAUAUUACCGAAAGUACCUGGAUUUACAGAGUUUCUGUAUUGCUUCAGUACGGCUGUACUCUUCCAUGCCGCCAUAUUGGAACCUACAAAUCUUAGACCUAGUUAUUGGAAAUUUUUACAUUCCAUAUCGGGAGGCAGAAUUGCUUGUAUGGCAAGAGCACCUUUAGAUGUCUGGGGACUCAACUCGUCAGAUUCCCUCAACACCGUCCUUAGAGUAACGAAAACAGUACCGAUCGUAUUGUUUUAAUUACAAGAUAGUACAAUUAGUCCAAUUACGACAUAUUUUCAUAAUAUAUUUUUUAUUUUUUGUUAUUUUGUGCAUUGUUAUAUGAUUCAAAGGGUUUUUUUAUUGAUGCCUGUUUGAUAGAUUUGUAGGUGGUACAGUGAAUUGUCUAGCAAAUAAAUGACUUUUUUAUUAAA